CUGCAACACUUUCAUCCACGCACCUCUCGCCUCUUUCUCUGGACUCUCCCGCCGCGUCCUCGUCCGACGCGGGAGGAAAUGUUCCCGCCUUUGGGCGAACCAAGCGUCGGCACAACCCCAGCAAAGUGCAGCCCUCCUUUGUUCGGACGUCUUUUUUUUUUUAAAUAUUAACAAGUUGUUAUGUCGUCUGUGACUGGAGGAGGUCCGACAUUUACUGCCCCGGACCACUGCGCGUCCUGCACACUUUGAGGCAUCCAAAAGGAGGGUCCAGGGACCUCCAGCAUGUACCACCACAGAGCCGAGCCCGUCCCGUCCUACAAGUCUCUCCCCGGUUCCGGAGGAGGACACCGAAGUGCCGGACUUGGACGGUGUGAGAGGAAAGACGCAAGCUGUGAAAGAUGCUCAGCCACCCUUGUGGCUCUGAAGAAACAAGCCCUCAGCCUGUCUGUGCAUCACCACUUCUCCUGCAAGGAAACAAGCCAGCUGUCUGCGUUCCUUCUUGACAACCUGCGCGUCCACAGCCGCUCCGGCACCGAGUCCAGGGACCGGGGCUGCUGGGACCAGGGCCAGUGUGCCGCCUGUGGGACCAAAGUCCACCUCCUGAAACAGGAGGCGGUCCGCGUGGCUCUGAGCCGAGGUCCGUCGUCCGGCACCAUGAGGACCGGACUGGGACCGAGCGCCGUAAAACUCGGGGACCGGUCUGCCUCGCAACCACACGGCCUGGACCAUAUCCCUCAGAGUCCCAGGACGCCUCGGAGGACCCCGCAAACCCUCAGACGGAGGAUCCCCAAGCAGGACAUGGAGGAGCAUCAUCAUCAUCAUCAUCAUCGUGGGUCUAACCCUGAUGGAGUCACCUUCCACGCGCACCAUCAGCAGGCUGCAGAAGAUAACAAGUUACGCUGCACUGAUCUGGUUCACGCCAGCUCUAAGAUGCCUCACCUGUCCAAGGUGGUCGCCAUGGCCAACAGUGCCGCCAUGUCCUUCCUGGCCAGGGCCGCAGAGAAACUCAACAUGACUUUGAGGAAAAAAGGCCAGAAUGGUGAUGCAGAUCCUGCUCGCGUUUCCAAGACUUUCAGGGACCUGAUCCAGAAGAGUCCACCGCCUGUGCCCUCCUGCCUGCUGCAAGCUGCCACCAGAACCAGAGACUCUCCCAAUGUUGGCAAGGUGAAGGUGGUGCUGAGGGUGAACCCGACCACAAACGAGGGCCAACCUCCGGUCCUCCACGUUGACCCGGGCAAGAAGAGAGCCAUCUUGUUGGAAAACCUGCACCAAAGCUCCUCCAGCAGGGACCUUCUCAAGGCGUUCCACUACGAAGCUGUAUAUCCUCAGGACUCUACUCAGACUGAGUUGUGUGCGGGCGUUCUGAAUGAUGUCAUUCGCUGCGUGCUGAGUGGCAGUGAUGGAUGUGUGCUGGGUUUGGGCUGUGCUGAAGUGGGCUGCUGGUCCAGCAUGCUGGGAAACGCCGACAGCCUCCACACGCUGGGACUGAUUCCGUGCGCCAUCUCCUGGCUGUACGGCGCGGUGGACAAGCGGCGGGAGAAGACGUGGACGGACAUGACGGUGUGGGUGUCUGCUGUGGAAGUGUGCUGUGGAGAAGAGGAUUCCUUGAGGGACCUCCUUGGGGACCUUUCUCCCUCUGGUGGCCACAACCAAGACCACCUCAGGGGCCACCUUCGGCUGCAGGAGGACUCCGUCGCCGGCAUGCAGUCACGCAAGCACACUCGGGUGAAGGCGCUGACCGCCGAGCGAGCCGCCUCCCUCCUGGAUGUCGCCGUGGCAGCACGACGACGCGACGACUUGGCCACCUUCUUGUCCCACAGCUCCGUCAUGUUCUUCACGCUGCACGUCCAACCUCUUCGCGCCGACAACAGCGCCCCCGGGAAAGGUUGUCGCGGCCCGAGCAGGCUGACCAUGAUCGAUGUGUGCAGCAGGACGACAGGCGGGAACAUCAGAAACAAAAGUCCACUCUCUGACUUGGGUCCUGCGGUCCUGACACUCCUAAGUGGGAGCAAAACUCUCCCCAAAAAGGGCAACAAGCUCGCCAUGCUUCUUGGCGAGUCCUUGGGUCACGUGACCUGCCACACCACCGUCGUGGCCCAGGUGACCAACUCACUGGCGCGACUCCAUGAAACCACCGCCGUUCUUCAGCUGGCUUCCCGCAUCCGCAGGACCCAGAGGAGGACCCAGCAGUCCGGCACCCCGAGUGGCAGGAGUUUGACUCGGCAAAAGAGAGGACCGCCAUCUUUUUCUCUGCGAGCUUUCCACUCCACAGAUGAGGUCGAUGUUGACGUUCAGCAUUUUCGCCUACGCGGGCAGCUGGAUGAGCAGUCCAGCAGUGACCAGUCCUGUGACACCGUCAUCCAGAUAGACUCUGACGGCUUGAUCCGGACAAGAGCGCCUGCAAAGCUAGCCCAACCCAAGUUUGUGCCCAUUAUACCCUCCUUGCACCCCAACAAGGCUGACAUGGACGACCCAGAGUUUACGGCUUUGCUCCAAGAGCUACUGAAAAUCCCCAAACUGCACGGAGAGAACAAGAAAGACGACGCUCAAGGACUUGCUGAAGGACUGAAAGCUGACCUGAAGCAGCCAGAGAGGGACUGUCUGAAGUGUGACACGUUUGCCGAACUUCAGGAGCGCUUGGGUUGCAUUGAUGGAAGUGAGGAAACCAUGGACUUGCUUAAGUCCGCCUCCAAGGUUCCUUCUGGUAACUCUGCCCCACCUAAGCCACAAUCCCUGAAAGAAAAGGCAAACACGGAAUCGUCCGAGGCACCACAGACAUUGAAGCAGGGACUCGGCAGCAAUCAGACUUUGGUUCGUGAAAAGCAAACAGAUGGUGCCGUCCCUGGGGAUAAUUUUCAGAGAGAAGACUCAGGUCUCUAUGACUGCGAGGAGUGCAGUGCAACCAGUUCAAGCGAGGAACCGUUGAAUCAAAGUCUCAAUCGAAACACGACUUUCCGUUAUCAGAUACGAAAAACUGGAGCUCAGUCCUCUCAAGACGUAAAUGUCAAAACUCAGGGCAUUGCUAGUACCGACUGCACUCAGCCGACAGAGAAACCAGAGAGUCAUGAAGAGGCUGAUUGGCUCAAAGCAGACAAAAGGACCUCGCCUGUCGGAAAGAGUUUACCUGCAUCUCCUCCUUCCCCUCCAUGUUCCUCUUUAAACCCAGUAGCUGGAAGGGUUACUGUUAGCGACAUGGCAGCUAAUCAACCCACAAAGGAUGCUAAGGAAAUGAAGGCCACUAUCACCGUAACGGUCCAACAACCGCUGGAUCUGACAGGCCAAGAUGAACUAGUCUUUUCUAUGGUGGAGGAGGUGACCAUCACAGGAACUCUGGAUAGUGGCAGGACGGGAGGGAACUUAAUUUGCAUCAACGACGCUGCCCGGUCAACAGCACGCCGUCAAGGGUCUGGCGGAUUCAAACCAAUCCAAAUUAUUAGCAAUAUCAGUGACGAAGCUACGGCAGCCGGUCUGACCAACGUGUCAAAGUGCACAACUGUUCAUCCAUUAGAUACAGCGACUGAGACUGACACAUUACUGACUCCCUCAAGAAGAGAGAGAAUUUUGCCUUCUUUUAUAAAUCCUAUGCUGAUGAACCCUGAUGAACAGUUGGAAAAUGUAAAAGACAAAGAAAUAACUCCGUCUCACGCUGAGCUUAAAGGGAAUACACUCAAGUGUCCAGAAGCGGCUUCUGAGACACUGAGACAAUAUGCAAAGAUCUGUAAAUCCUGUGACUCAAUGGCCUUGGAAGGUGCCUCUUUCAGUAAAGACACUGCAGGAAACCAAAUGCACCCUGGAGACUUUGGGGAUGUUUCUUCCACAAACCCUUCAAAGGCCUCAGUGGGCCAGCAAUAUGCUCGCACACGUAUUGGGAAUACAAAGAUCACUGGUGCGUCUUCAGGUUGCCUAGAGACGACCUCUGCUUCUUUUAAUACAGGUAGCUUACCUCGCAGCUGGCUAGAUGCCAACCACCAGCAAAGCCACAGUCACACGGCAGACGGUUGGAGAGACGCGAGGGGGGUGACAUCAUCCACCCCGUGCAGCCCAAGGGUAAACCUCGAGAGGAGGCGAGACCAGCAGUGUUCCCCGGUGAACCAGAGCUUCUACAUCUCCUCCUCUCUGAAAUAUGACCCAGGCGACACACAGAGAGCCAAGAGACCUCUCAGAAAGGGUAUCGAAUCGUUGUUUGAUUCCUCACAAGUAGGCAUGAAACAUGAUCAUAUGCCGGGGAGGGUGAUGUCACCUCUAGAGGAGAGUGGUAGGAAUGAAAUGAACCAACUGACUACCAGUACUAGUAAGUCUCUCAGAAGGAACCAUUGUGACAUUCCAACAUUAGACAAAGGAAGUAGCAGUACCUCUCUUAUCCCUAGGGGCAGCAGCUCUAAGAGAAGUUCUGAAGGGCUUUCAAGAGGGGCUCAUAAAGGGAAGAGUGUUGGGGAUUCAACAUUACCAAGGACAAGCCGGAGCUCCAGAAAGACUCGGCAAACUAGCCAUGGCCAUAACUCCAUUCCUCAUGAAAAUGAAGCUCAAUCCCGGCCGACCCACUCAAAGCUCUCUGCUGUAGGGAAACUCAAGAUUUCUUACCCUAAAGUCCGACGCCUGUCCUCUCCCAGCAUCAAGAACCUGAGUCCUGCCCACAAAAGUCUGAAGGAGUCCAUAAACCGCAGUGCCAGUCUUUCCCCAGACGCUAAAACUGUAAGCUUUGAGCGGGCAUCCUCCUCCUCCCCUCCACACUCAUUCCACUCCAUCAGCAGGACUCCCAGUCAAAGCUCCACAUGCUCGUCCACGAAAUCUGCCAUUCAGGGAUUUACCAACGGUUACAUGUCAGACUUCCUCAAAGACAGGACUGACAGCCCGGCUUUAGUCGGACUGGACCAAACCGGCUCGCUUUUCUCCCCGUACAGUCAAGUCACGUCACCUCACACGCCGCCUCACCUGAGCGGACAUGCCAGCGACGCCACCAGUGUCCUGAGCGGAGAACUGCCACCAGCUAUGGGUAAAACCUCGCUGUAUUUCUCAAACAGAAACAGCACAAUGAGCAGUGGAUAUGAUAGCUUGCGGAGAGACAGUGAAGCCACACUGAGCAGUGCUUCAACCAGCGGCAGGAGUACUUCCCUUCUCAGAGAUGUCCGCAGCAGCAGAUCGUCUCGGCGGAGAGGCAACACAGGCGCUCAUCCACGUCAACCUUCCAGCGACACAACCUUCUCCAUGAGACAAUCCUCUAAUGGGGCACAAUCUCGCUGGGCAGACCACACGAUCCCUGAGAAGUACGACGUCAAAGUCUACGACGUUGACAGAAGGCAACGCACGCAGAAAAAAACAGGCGCUCGCGUGCUUCAGCGCCAAGCUGCAGCCUUUGCAGUUCCGACAUCAGACGACCGCAGACGUCAAAUUCCCGUCCAACAACCUGAGGACAGAGGAGGACCAUCACAGGUCCGCGCGGGUAUUCAUCGCAUAGAACCCAGACCGAUGAAUUUUUCAGACUUCCAAGGAAGACUCUCAGGUGCUCCUGGAGGUCCUUAAGAAGCUGAAGAAGAGGAGCGACUCUAACUUGACUCAUUAAUCACUCAUUAUUAUUAUUAUUAUUAUAAAAAGUAUUAUUAUUAUAAAUAUUAUUUGUAUUAUUAUUAUUAUCCAUACCAUCCAUUUUCUGCCGCUUGUCCCGCUCGAGGUCGCGUGGGUGCUAGAGCCUAUCUCAGCUGCAUUCGGAUUGAAGGCAGGGUACACCCUAUUAUUAUUAAUAAUAUCAUUGUUAUUAUUAGUAAUAAUAUUUGUAUUGUUAUUAUUAUUAUUAUUAAUAUUGUUAUUAUCCUGACCACUUUUUGUCCAUUUUCACUUUGUAAUAAAACCACGUUUAUGUCACCGCAGCACGACUUUGAUCUGAUUCAGGACUUUUUGAAGGGAAAAUGUUUUUUAAAACACUUUGAUGUCAAGUCACGACCACAAAUACUGAAUGUAAAUGUUCAUAUAUCAUGUAUAUAAAUAUUAGUACACUAUAGUGUUUGAUUUCAUUUAAUGUUCAUACAUCAUGGAUAGAAAUAUUAGUACACUAGUGUUUAAUUUUAUUUGACGCUCAUAUAUCAUGUAUAUAAAUAUUAAUACACUCAUGUUUUUUUUUGUUUUUUUGAUGUUUGUAUAAGUUUUAAAGCAACAUUUGAUUUAUUUGUAGGGAAUUAUUUCCCAAGUAAUUUGUAUGUACUUCAUGGUGCUCAACAACACAUCUUUCAAUAAAACUUAUACAAAAACAACUUGUCUUUUAUUUUAAGUUCAUUUAUGCUUGAAAAGGUUUAAUCACA